UCUCUUCUUUUUUUUUCUUUUCUUUUUUUUUUAUGAUGAACAAGUGUUUUUGAUACAAUUUUCAGCUUUUGGUGUUUUUUUUUAUCACCCCUUUUCAGUCUGGAAUUGAGUGGAAUUCAAGUAUCCUUUCUUUUACGCUUUGAAUUCUCUUUUGUAUUACCCUUUUUUUUUUUUUUUUGCUUUUUCUUAGUUGAAUUGUUCUUUUGACUUUGCUUGUUCAGGAAAGUUUCAGCUAUUUUCAGGGGGAAAGUUUGGCUUUGGAUAUGCUAAGGAGAAUAAUUUUGUGUCAUUUAUUUCUUUUUUGAGGACUAUGCAUUGGUGGGGUUCUGAAGUUCUAUCUGAUCUAAGAUUUUUCCGAUCCAACAGUCUCUGCAGCUUCUUUUUCCUUUUUCAGGUGGAAUGGAAUUGAUUUCUCUUUUACUUGAUAUUGUUCUUUCUUCAUUCCCUGUUGCCUUUCCUUUGAACACUGGUGUUUCGAUGAUGGUUUUGGUGGCUUUUCAAACGAAGCCUUUUGGCUUUGAUUAUUGAAGCAGAGAUGGGUUUAUCAAGAAGCUAUUGGUUUUUAUCUUGUACCAUCUUCAAGAAGAAUUUGCUUCUUGAAAAAGUAUAGUAGCCGAACAAUCCAAUACUAAGGUUUCUAGUAUGGGUUGGUGGACUAAAUUUUUCAAAGGCCAUAAAAGCUCAUACAGGGAAAGAUAUGGAGAUAGAAUUUGGGAUGAACCUCGAACCUCUGUGGAGGAAUUGACAGAAUAUGAACAAGAGGAAAUCGAUUAUGCAAUUGCACUUUCGCUUUCGGUAGAAGAUCAAAAAGAGAAAGCAGUGAUAGAGGAAGAAGCUCACAGUGAUGAAGAUGAACACAGUACCAAAGCUGAAUCAGAGGAUGAUGAAGAAAGUAUCAAAUGCCUGUCAGAGGAUGAUGAUCAAAUUUCUAAAUCUCAUUUGGAGGAAGAUGAGCAACUGGACAAAGCUCAAAUGGAGGAAGAUGAGCGGCUUGCUAAAGCUCAAAUAGAGGAAGAUGAGCGACUUGCUAAAGCUCAAAUGGAGGAAGAUGAGCGACUUGCUAAAGCUCAAAUGGAGGAAGAUGAGCGACUUGCUAAAGCUCAAAUGGAGGAAGAGGAGCAACUUGCUAAAGCUCAAUUGGAGGAAGAUGAGCGGAUUGCUAGCACCCUAGUGGAGGAUCAUGAGAAGGUCUCCACAUUUCAAGCUGAAGAAGAUGAACAGUUAGCUAGAGCUCUCCAAGAAAGUCUAAACAUAGAGCCACCACCUCCUAGAUUUGAUAGUGGAAAUAUUUUCAAUCCUUACCCUUUCUUCUAUCCAUCAGGAUACAGGGUCUGUGCUGGUUGCCAAACUGAGAUCGGUCACGGGCGGUUUCUAAGUUGCAUGGGAGCUUUUUGGCAUCCAGAAUGUUUUCGCUGCAAUGCUUGCAAUGAACCUAUAACAGAUUAUGAGUUCUCUAUGUCCGAUAACCGACCUUAUCACAAAUCCUGCUAUAAGGAGCAACAUCACCCUAGAUGUGACGUUUGCCGAAACUUCAUUCCUACUAAUUCUUCUGGUCUUAUAGAGUAUAGAAAGCAUCCUUUCUGGUCACAACAAUAUUGUCCUUCACAUGAAAAAGAUGGAACUCCGAGAUGUUGUAGCUGUGAAAGAAUGGAGCCAAGAGACACUAGUUAUCUUUUACUUGACGAUGGACGGAAGCUCUGUUUAGAGUGUUUGGACUCAGCAAUCAUGGAUACUCAUGAAUGCCAACCGCUAUACCUUGAAAUUCAAGAAUUUUAUGAGGGUCUGAAUAUGAAAGUGGAACAACAAGUUCCCAUGUUGUUGGUUGAGAGGCAAGCGCUAAAUGAGGCCAUGGAAGGAGAAAAGAGUGGCCAUCAUCACUUGCCGGAAACUAGAGGACUCUGCUUAUCAGAAGAGCAAACUGUUGCAACCAUCUCAAAGAGGCCAAGAAUUGGGGCAGGCUACCGUAUAAUAGACAUGUUUACGGAGCCUUAUAGAUUAGUCCGCCGAUGUGAAGUUACUGCUAUUCUAGUUUUAUAUGGCCUCCCGAGGUUAUUGACAGGAUCUAUCUUGGCUCAUGAGAUGAUGCACGCAUGGCUCAGGCUUAAAGGCUAUCCCAAUUUGAAGCCUGAGGUUGAAGAAGGCAUAUGUCAAGUAUUGGCUCAUAUGUGGUUAGAUUCUGAGAUGUAUUCCAUCACAGGAAGUGGUGUUGCCUCCACAUCUUCGUCUUCAGCUUCGUCUUCUUCUUCAUCACCUUCAUCGUCCUCCUCUUCCUCAACGUCUUCAAAGAAAGGUAGACGAUCUGACUUCGAGAAGAAACUUGGGGAAUUUUUCAAACACCAGAUUGAGUCUGAUACAUCAUCAGCAUAUGGAGAUGGAUUCCGGGAAGGGAAUGAUGCUGUUUCCAAAUAUGGCUUAAAGAGGACCCUCGAUCACAUUCGGCUGACUGGAACCUUUCCAUAGAGUAAAGAGUAACAUUCAAUUAAGCUUUUUAGCUUUGAUAUAUAAUCCCAGUUUAUACAAAAACACAUUAUAUAGUACAUAAUGAAAAAGAAAAGAAAAAAAAAAUCAAAAUAAGCAUUGACAAAUUAUGUGCAAUUAUUGUGAAGCUGUAGCAUAAAUGUAAGUAUGUUACUUGUAUUGGCAUUUACAAACAAGUGUAAGGAUGAUACAAAGUUUUGGUAUCAUUGGGUUGUGGAAUUCAUAUUGAUUUGAAUGGAAGGCUGGAUGUUUCUUUGUGUC